AUGCGGCAACAUACAGCUCUCAUGGCCCUUGCCGGCCUCUAUUUCUCCUGCGCUAAUGCUGCUGAGGCAACUGAUAUGGGCCCCGCGGCCUUCCUAUGGCCGCCCGACCGAGCCUGGGGAGCUGCGCAAGAUAACACCGCUCCAUGCGGCUCUUCGGCCGGAGUGACGAAUCGAACAGAAUUUCCUCUUAAAAACGGAGAGGUCUCGUUAGUUCUUCAGGAUGAAUCCUACAACGUCAACCUUGCAGUUUCAUACAGCAACGAUCCGAAAAGAAAUGACGAUUUUACCACUAUUGUAUCAUCCAGCAACUUCCCGGAUCUCGAACCAGGUCACGAGUGCUAUUCGGUGCCAAAUCCCCCGUCGAAUAUAACAUCGGGCUCCAACGCGACACUGCAAUUGUCAUAUCUCUCUACAUUUGACACGGAUACAAACCAGACCUACUAUGCUUGCGCUGAUAUUACUUAUGUCCCUCUCAGCUCCUUCACAACAAACGUUCUGUGCUUCAACGUAUCGGAGUCUUCUUCUUCUAGCUCUAGUUCAAGCACCAGCACAUCAUCGAGCUCCUCGUCAUCCAAAAAUUCUUCUUCUCGCGGGCUCUCCGGAGGCCAGAUUGCAGGUAUUGUGGUAGGAUGUGUCGCAGGGGCUGCAUUGAUUGCUGUCGCACUCUUUCUUCUAUGGGGACGUCAUCAACGCAAGGUUCAACGCGACAAAGUGGUUGCUGUCAGAAUGAGUGAUUGGGCAAACAACCCCCAGAAAGCAGGAUCAGCGGAGUCAACUCAUGUGUGA